AUGGGUGUUUUCACCUAUGAAACCGAGGUCAGCUCUUUCAUCCCUCCAUCUAAGAUGUUCAAAGCCUUUGUCCUUGAUGUAGACCUGCUAGGAGGGCCCCUCCCAAAUAUAGUGCCACUGCCACAGGCCAUUAAGAAUGUCGAAAUUCUUGAAGGAGAUGGAGGACCUGGAACCAUUAAAAAGAUUACUUUUGGCGUAGACAGUAAAUUUAAAUAUUUAAAGCACAAGAUUGAAGGUAUAGACAAAGAAAACUUCACAUACAGCUACAGUGUGAUUGAGGGUGAUGCUCUGAUGGAUACACUAGAGAAAAUCUCUUACGAGAUAAAGUUAACGCCAUCCCCUAAUGGAGGGUCCAUUUGCAAGAGCACUUGUAAGUACCAUACCAAAGGCGACAUUGAGAUUAAGGAAGACGAAAUUAAGGGCAGCAAAGAAAGAGCCUCGGGAUUGUUCAAGGUUGUUGAAAGCUACCUCUUGGCAAAUCCUGAUACCUACAACUAAAGUCUAAAGCCAUCUCUUUUGAUGUGUCUCUAUUUAUCCCUUUAUCAGUUAGACUUAGAUGUUGUGUUCUUUCUUUUUCUUGUUCUCAGUCCAAUCUUAUGUCGGGCUUGAUAAUAAGUGUUUGCAUGUGGUUUGAUCAUUCUGGAUGAAUGAGUGAAAUUGUAUUAGUUCUAAUAUAUAUUGAAAAUGAUAGAAUACUUGCAAAUG